GCUUAGGGCGGUCUCGGGUGCGACAAAACUACAAUUCCCAUCAUCCUGUGCCGUGCAGGGAAGGAAGGACGAGACUGCGAAAGAGGGGCUCCAGAGGAUAGCGGGCUAGAGCUGGCCGCUCCUCUUUCCGAAGCGGUUUUGCACCUCUUUUCGCCGGGGGCGUCGGUGGCGACGGCGGCGUCGGCGGCGUCGGCGCUCACGCAGGGGCGGGUCACGGCGGCACGAAGCGGUGCUCGGCGGGAAGGGAGGUCGUGGCGGUGUCGGUGGUGGCGGCACGGACUGCAGCGACGGCGGCGGCCGCAGGGACAGCAGGAGCAACGGUGCUGUCAGUUAAGCCGUCGGAGAAAUGGGAGACCCAGGGUCCGAGAUAAUAGACUCUGCCCCUCCAGCUGGGCCUGAGGCAUCUGAGUCCACAGCGGAUGAAAAUGAAGAUGACAUUCAGUUUGUUAGUGAAGGACCAUUAAGACCUGUUCUUGAAUACAUUGAUCUGGUCAGCAGUGAUGAUGAAGAGCCUAGCACCUCUCAUAGUAAUGAUAAUAUUAAGCAUAAAGACCAUAUUGACCAUCAGAAGGAUAAAGUUGCUUUAACUCUGGCUCGUCUAGCCCGACAUGUUGAAGUGGAGAAACAGCAGAAAGAAGAGAAGAACAGAGCAUUCAGGGAAAAAAUUGAUUUUCAGCAUGCUCAUGGGUUACAAGAAUUGGAAUUUAUUCAAGGACAUUCUGAUACAGAAGCAGCAAGAUUGUGUGUGGACCAGUGGCUAAAAAUGCCAGGACUCAAAACAGGCACAAUUAAUUCUGGAACAAAAAGUUCAUUCCGAAGAGGAGGCCAAAUGAGGGUGUCCGCGAAACCAAUUUCAUGUCCCAUAAUGCAUUGUAACAAGGAAUAUGAUAAUGGGCACCUUCUCUUAGGACAUUUGAAAAGGUUUGAUCACUCCCCAUGUGAUCCAACAAUUACACUACAUGGACCUUUCUUCAAUUCCUUUGCUUGUGUAGUAUGUUAUAAAAAUUUUGUUACUCAACAACAAUAUAGGGAUCACCUUUUUGCUAAGGAAGCUGCAGAUGAUGGACAUAAAAACAACCUUCUUCCUCAGGUUAUUCAGUGUUUUGCCUGUCCAACUUGCUACCUUCUUUUUAGGAGCAAGGAUGAGUGUUUGAAGCAUAUGUCUGGAAGGAAUCAUUUCCAUCAGCGUUUUAAACUGAGUGAUGGCAAGGGAAUAGCACAUCCAAUAUCAUUUCCAUCUUUUGCAAAGAAAACUUUGAUCUCUCUGUGCAAAGAUGUUCCAUUUCAAGUUAAGUGUGUAGCUUGCCACCAGACACUGCGUUCCCACAUGGAGCUCACUGCCCAUUUCAGAGUUCGUUGUCGAAAUGCUGGUCCUGUAGCUAUAGCUGAGAAAAGCAUUGCCCAGGUUGCAGAGAAAUUCAUAUUUAGAGGUUAUUGCCCUGAUUGCAACCAAGUCUUUGUGGACGAAACUGAUACCCGAAAUCACAAGCAGAAAAUAGGACACAAAGUUCGAGUCAUUAACUCAAUGGAUGAAUCAGUCUUACUUUAUUGCCACAGCAGCGAAGGGAACAAACCUUCUGACUUGAAUCUAUUGCUAGAUCAAUCAAAAUUUUCAUCACUUAAAAGAACAAUGUCUCUUCGAGAACCUAGCUCACAAGAUUGCAGCACCAUUCCAAAAAAGAAGAUGAAUUUAGGAGAUAAAAGCCAUGAAGGUAUGGUUUGUGUCCAGAAAGAAAAGACAGUUAUUAAAACCUGGUUUUGUGAAUGCCAGCAACGAUUCACAAGUGAAGAUUUAGUAGAAAAGCACGUUUUCUCAGCAAAUACAAUGUGUUAUAAGUGUGUGGUCUGUGGAAAGGUGUGUGAAGAUUUAGGGGUCAUCCGUUUACAUAUGAGCCGAAUUCAUGGAGGGGCACAUUUAAAUAACUUUCUUUUCUGGUGUCAGACGUGCAAAACGGAGUUAACAAGGAAAGAGACUAUCAUGGCACAUGUGACUGAAUUUCAUAAUGGCCACAGAUAUUUUUAUGAGACGGAUGAGGUAGCAAGUGAAACUUUGCCAUCAUCCUCUACUACAGUUGGGAGUGAUUUGACUACUAAGAAUCCAUCUUCAGCUAUUACGAUUAUUGAUUAUUCCCCAGCAAACAGUCCUCCAAGGGGUAAAUGGCAAUGCCGAAUCUGUGAAGAUAUGUUUGAUUCCCAAGAAUCUGUAAAACAGCAUUGCAUGUCUUUAGCAAGUCACCAAUUUCAUAGAUAUAGCUGUGCCCAUUGCAAAAAGACCUUUCACAAGGUAGAAACACUAUACCGGCAUUGCCAAGAUGAGCAUGACAAUGAGAUAAAGAUUAAGUACUUCUGUGGGCUCUGCGAUCUUACCUUUGAUGUGGAAGAAGCAUUUUUGAGUCAUUACAAGGAGUACCACAGCAUAGAUUAUAUGUUUGUGUCAGAAAAAACUGUGACUUCAAUUAAAACUGAGGAUGAUUAUCCUUUAAUAGAGACUAGUAACCUGUUAACCUGUGGUUGCCGUGAGAGUUACAUCUGUAAAAUCAACAGAAAGGAAGAUUAUAGUAGAUGUCUCCAGACCAUGCUGGGUAAAGGAAAACUGUGGUUUCGCUGCAGUUUGUGUUCAGCAACAGCACAGAAUGUUGCCGACAUGAACACUCAUAUCCACCAAGUGCACAGAGAAGAAAAGCCUGAAGAGGAGGAACAGCGGUAUGUCAUCAAGUGUGGCACCUGCACCAAAGCCUUUCACGACCCUGAGAGUGCUCAGCAGCACUUCCACAGAAAGCACUGCCUCUUGCAGAAACCCAGUGGGGCUCAUGUGGGAGCUGAAAAAACAAGCCGGCACAAGUGUCCUGCCAGUGCCUCACGUACAGAGAGAAAACUGAAACAGGCAGCAAGCUAUCCAAAAAAUUCAGACAUGGAGAAAGGAGCCAGGAAUGACGUAAGCUGUCAGAACAUAGAUGAAGAAGUUGUUGAGCUUCCAGAUUUGGAUUACCUGCGAACCAUGACUCAUAUAGUCUUUGUAGAUUUUGAUAACUGGUCAAACUUUUUUGGUCAUCUACCGGGGCAUCUUAACCAAGGAACAUUUAUUUGGGGCUUUCAAGGAGGAAACACCAAUUGGAAGCCUCCACUCAAUUGUAAGAUCUAUAAUUACCUGAAUAGGAUUGGAUGCUUCUUUCUUCAUCCUCGCUGCAGUAAAAGAAAAGACGCUGCUGAUUUUGCCAUAUGUAUGCAUGCUGGCCGUCUAGAUGAGCAGCUACCCAAGCAAAUUCCUUUCACCAUCCUCUCAGGAGAUCAAGGUUUUCUGGAGCUAGAGAAUCAGUUUAAGAAGACUCAGAGGCCAGCACAUAUACUAAACCCUCACCACUUAGAGGGAGAUAUGAUGUGUGCCUUGUUAAAUAGCAUAUCUGAUACCACCAAAGAAUGUGACAGUGAUGAUAACCUGGGUGUAAAAAGUACUCCAAUAGAAGAAUUCAGAUCUACAGAAGAUGUGGAAUUAGAAGAAGCUAUUAGAAGAAGCCUUGAGGAAAUGUAAUUAAAGAUAUUACCACACAACAUCAAGUAGCCUUGAAGAGACUCAGGAUAAUGAACUCGAGUUUGUUUUCUAAAGGAGGCCAGAAUUCUACUAGUACAGAUGUGUUUGAAAACAUGCUUUUUUUGCUUUUUCAUGUUCAAAUUUUGAUAUUUGCUUUGUAUUUUUGUGCUGUUUUGAGAAUAUGUACAGAGGAAUAGAAUAUAUGUCAAUGCAAAUGUAAAUCAUGUAUUCUAAUAUAGGUACUACUUUACCAGUCAACUUUAAAUUCAUAUAUGUAAGUUAAAAGAAUUAAAAAAUACAAAAGCUGUCAACUAUUGUUUGUUUCCCAAAUAGCAUUAGUUCUUUAUUUGUACUGUACAGAUGAUUCUAGUUUAUUUUUUUUAGGAAUGAAAAUGAAUAUAAAUAAAGCCUUCAAAGCUUAGAUUUUCUUAAAUUCUACUUCUCAUAUGAUACUAAUAUAUAGAAUACCUUUGAGAUCUUUGUGAUUAUUAGAAGAGAGUAAUGGUAACUGAUCAUAGAAAUAGAUUAAAAGUUUUACCAGCAAUGUUCUUUGUGGAUUUCACUCCGAUGUUUUUCCCUGCUUUAAUUAGAGCUGCACAUUGCUAGAAUAAAAAAGAACACCCUAAUUUCUUUAAUAUAAGUAUAAAGAAAUCUUUUCUAUUCCUUUUACCUGCUUAGACUUUUAUGUGACUUGUAUUUACCUACUGUUUAAAGGGAAUGGUGUCAAAAUAUUUGCAUAGAAUUAAACUUAUUUUUAAUAAUCAGUCCUUUUUAUAUAUUUGUGUAAACAUAAUCUUUAAAAAAUAAUGUUCAAGUCUUACUCAGGAAUAAUCUUCUUUAACCCUUUAAAAUUUUUAUUUCAUAUAAAAGUAUCUUCAUUUUAGUUAUUCAUUAAGUUGUUUGUCAGGUUUCUAUAUUUGGUGUUACAUAUUUAAUUUUUAAAUGUUGAGGCCCCAUUGUGAAAAAUAAAAUAUUACAUAAUUAGAACACUAAGAAGGGCUUGUCAUACUAUAUUUGUGUAUAUGCUUCAUGUUAUUGACCAGAAAUGUCAUCCCUAAAAAUUUUGAAUAGUAAUUAACAAACUUAAAAUUUUCUAUAAAUAUAAUUUUUUUUAAGAAAAGAAUCAUGACUAGAAUUUUGUUCUUUCUCUGCAGUUACAUGUUUUAUUGUGAAAUAGCAUUGCUGUUUUUUUUAUUAGUAUAGUCUUUUCAAUCCACAUUAGAAAUCAGUUUGUGUUUUUGUUUCUUAAGAUGUCAGGUCAAUGUACCUGCUUGCAUUUUUUUUAAGUUGACAUUGUAGAGUGAGAAUUCACCAAUUAUUUUCCCAAAAUGACCACAUUGUGCUUUUAAUUUGUAUGUUAAACUGAUCAAGCAGGGCUUUAAGAGGUAGUCACUGAGUCAGACAUUAAAGACAUCCACAGGAGCUUGCUCAAUAGUGAGGAGAAAGGACAUUCCAGAAAGAAAUGUGAUUAAACAGACAUGGCGGAGAGGAACCAAUACUUCUCUGCCAGAGGUGCCACAUACAUAUGUGAUAUAUACUGAGCUCUAUUAAGAAGCUUUUGCUGGUAGAGAGUAACUGAAUCUUUUCAUCAUGACCCUUAAAAAAAAAAGGUAAUUGGGUUGUUUUAAUUAAUAAUUGUCACUGAUUGUGUUUCUACUUGUUAAGUAAUUAAAAAUCAUUUUUAAAUUACUUCAUAAUUUGAAUUUAAUUAAGAUACAAGGAAGAGAUGUAAUCAAUGGGUGACAUUAAAGUUAUAUGGAUUACUAAAUUACCCAAGUAAAUGUCUCGAACAU